AUGCAUCCUAAAGUUAGCGGUGUUUUUGGUUUAGAUGAAGAUUUACUUGAACAACUAACAAGAGAUAUUUGUUUUUAUCGACAUAUGCGAGUUUGUACACCGACAAUGAAUAUCUUUCAGAUUGGAUCCAAUAUUAUUGAUAAUCCUGAUGAACAACAAAUCAACUUUCUCUGUUUUCAAUUAUUUAGUGACAUUCUUCCAGAACUACCAACACAAUUAGGUGCAACUGCUGAACAGAAAGCUGAACAUAUUAGUCGAUUACUUUCUCUUCUUAUUGGCGCAAACAUGAAUAUUAAUUAUCUUUUCAAACAAUUCGAUAGUUCCACAUUGCACAAAUCUGUAUCACAUUUACAAGCGUUCAAUCAACGCGUAAUGGCUUCGACAAACACCUCCAAUUCAUUUUCUGUUACGGUCUAUCGAGCUCAACUAGUAUCGAAGAAAGAUUUAGAAAUAAUACAAACAAACCCACAAGCUCUUCUUUCUAUACCAACAUUCAUUUUGGCUUCGCGAUCUUUUCGUACAAUAGCUAGUAUUUGUCGUCGAGCAGCGGACAAUCAACUUACGGUUAUCCUGUUCGAACUAAACUUAUCCGAGGAUGUACCGAGAGCAGAAUUGAAUGCAGAUAUGAUUGUUUUUGGUCUUGGAACACUCUUUCGAUUAGUUUCCACUGAGUCAACACCUGAUGGUGUUUGGCGAACUCAACUCGAAUCAGCUGAUAGAGCAAUGCGACGUAUUAAAGAUCAAUUGAAGUUAGAGGUUGGUGGUCACCUCACUUGGUUGACAUUCGGGAAUUAUUUGAUUGCUCUAAAACGAGUCGAUGCUGCUGAAGAAUACUAUAAAUAUCUUUUGCAAGUACUACCAUCUGAUCAUUCAAGUCUUGCAUCAAUCUACAAUAAUAUGGGUUUGAUGUAUUCAAUGAAGGAAAAUGAUCAAGAGGCAUUAAGGUGGUUUGAAAAGGCAUUGAAAUUGAAAGUUACAGAGUUGUCAACAACAGUUACACAGAAAAAGCCGUCAAUGGAAGAUGAAUCACCACUUCAACAUACUUCCAUCGACAGACUGACCAUACUAUGCAAAUUGGCUGACUUGUACAAUCGUCAAGAAAAUCAUUCAGAAGCAUUGAACUAUUAUCGUCAAGCAUUAGAAAUUUCUACCGAUGUUUCUUUGCGUUUGUUUUUGCAAGCUAAAAUUGAAACUAUUUUACUUUCUCAUAAUAAUUCCUAA